UAUUCUGCACCCAUACGCUGCUCACUCUUAUUAGCGCUCAUAUCUGAAUGAUACGUUUUGGGCCUUUAGCUGAUAACGUGAUAACGGACUGGUUCUCCGACAGUUUAUUCUGUGACUAAUCACUGAUUCUCUUCCGCUGUAAAUACAUAGUACAUACUACAUACGGUAUUUCUUUGCGAGGUACGCGCACUCUAAUAGCACGAACAACGGCAAGAUGUGCUCGCAGUUGGCUUUGGGCCAUUAAGGUGUUCUAGUCACAGACGACAGAACUUGCCACCGACCGGAUCGCCCCGCUGCCAAGCGAAGAUGGAUACACCGUCUUCCCCGAAACCAUUGCGCAGCGAGACUUACGGAAAAUGCAAAGUUAUCAGAUGGCGAUCGAUCGUGUCACUGCGGAAUGCCAUUGAACUGGGUUCUAUAAUUGCUGCUUGCGUGCCGUUCAUCGUCGUACGCUACAUGGGUGGAUACAAACGAGGAUUUUUCUGCAAUGAUCCAGAUAUUCAGUUGCCGUAUAAAGAUGAUACGGUUCCAUUUAGUAUUUUGGCGAUGACAGGCGUCCUUGUUCCGGUUCUUGUGGUGUUCUGUGGCGAGUUUUUCCGUUUCACCCUGUCCAAGAGCCCUUACAAUGAUUACGAGACGCGCUACGAACUACUGGGGUUGAAAAUUCCGCCGUUUCUCUCAAGUGCCAUCCGAAUCAACGCACUGUAUGCUUACGGAGCACUUAUUUGCGUCUCCAUCACCGACAUAACCAAGUAUGCAGUCGGCCGACUGCGCCCGCACUUCAUAUCCGUCUGCGAUCCGGACUUUAGCAGAAUUAUCGGUUAUCCCGGUAACUGCACCUAUGUCGAAGAGCCGUACUGCCGUGCCGCGUCCAGCACUGAUCCGGUCAUUAUUUCCCGUUUCGCCGACUCGCGAUUAUCAUUUUUAUCGGGCCACUCAUCGUUUUCUUUUUAUUGCGCAUUUUUUGUUAUUUUCUACUUGGAGACCCGGCUGAAAUGGAUGAGCAUGCGCUUUUUCAAGGCAUUCUUACAGUUUGCCGUUUUUUUAGCAGCGCUCUUGUGUUCGAUGUCAAGAGUCAGUGAUAAUAAGCAUCAUCCUACCGAUGUUAUGGCGGGCAGUGCACUGGGGAUUGUUGUUAGUACAGUGGUGGUGUUUGUUGUUGGUGAUUACUUUCUUGACCGCCGAGCACUGAGAGCCAAGAUCCGUGGAAUAUUUAAAAAGCUAGAUCAAGAUGUUGUCAAGAAUGGCCAUCAGGACACGGACUUAGAUAACGUUAAGGUUGUUACGAGUGAUCCAAAGAUCACCGCUUGAACGGAUUGCCUUGAUGCGUUUGGUUGGAUUGCGAUUCUCAGUGAAUGCUUGGCUGUGAUAUUUUCCCUCAUUAUCAAAGUUCCUUUCAAACGGAGUGUAGCCGUUUAUGACCCUGUCUUAGUUGCCAUAAUUUGUUCCUGGUGGAAAUUGUAAUAGCUUUCAGAUGCUGCUUAUCUGGUCUUACGAAUUUUGGCAGCUUAACAGAAACAUGUCGUCCUGAAUAAUAUAAUUAUGGGGAUGCGAUAGUUAACGAGAAGAUAGCUCAUGAUACGCGGUACUUUUUUCUUGCAUGUUGUAGCCCGUGUUCUUUUCAUGGUCAGUGAUUGUUGGUUGAACAUUUUCUGUAGACGUUUUCGCACAUUAAAAGGUACGAUAUUGCACUAAA